UUUACCUAGAUUUUCCGGUUGUUGUUGGAAACAUGGCGUCUCACUGUAGCCUCUCCGCUUUAUUUCCUAUCCAAAGUCCACUGGAUAUCGCCUUAGACGAAGCCGAGAGCCAAGGCGAAAAAGAAACUCUUGUGUUACAGUAUUUGAAGACCCUAGACGAGCGAGAGGACUUGAAAAUACCCGAUUUUCAGACAGGCUUUGAAUGGCUGAACACAGAGGGGCCUCUGUCUUUGAACAAGGAGCUGUCUGGCAAAGUGGUGGUGCUGGACUUCUUCACUUACUGCUGCAUCAACUGCAUACACAUCCUGCCUGACCUGCACCAACUGGAGAAGGAACACUCUGUUAAAGAUGGAUUGGUCGUUGUUGGCGUACACUCUGCCAAAUUCCCCAAUGAAAAAAUUCUUGACAAUGUUCGCAGCGCCGUCCUCCGCUACGAUAUCUGUCACCCGGUGGUGAAUGACAGUGAGGCACACCUUUGGCAUGAGCUGGAGGUGUCAUGCUGGCCUACACUGGUCCUGCUGGGACCUCGUGGCAACCUGCUCUUCUCUCUGGUGGGUGAAGGCCACCGUGACAGGCUGAUGCUUUUUACUGACUGCGCCCUGCAUUACUACAGAGAGCAGGGCCUGCUGAAGACCCACACAGUGGGAAUCAAGCUUUACAGAGACUCUUUGCCACCCAGUGUCCUGUCUUUUCCUGGAAAGGUGGCUAUAGACAGUAGCAACCAAACACUGGCCAUAGCGGACACUGGGCAUCACCGGGUUCUGGUGGUGUCCUCUAGUGGACAGCUGCUACAUGUUGUAGGAGGUCCUGAGAGCGGGAGACAAGAUGGUGACGUGUCUGUAGCUUCUUUUAACUCCCCUCAGGGUGUGGCUAUUAAGGGCAACACAAUAUAUGUAGCCGACACUGACAACCACCUGAUCAGAAAGGUUGACCUGUUAGAGGGGAGAGUCAGCACUCUAGCUGGAGUAGGUGCUCAAGGCACAGACAAGGAAGGUGGAGCCAUGGGUCCUGAGCAGCCUAUCAGCUCUCCCUGGGAUGUGACUCUUGGCACUGCUGGCGGUGUUGGAGAUAACGUGCUGUGGAUUGCCAUGGCAGGAACUCACCAGGUCUGGGCUUUGUUCCUAGCAGAUGGGAAACUGCCCAAAGGAAGUGAAUCCAAGGCAGGCGUGUGCUUGCGAUGGGCAGGCACCGGCAAUGAGGAAAACCGAAACAACGCCUACCCCCACAAGGCCAGCUUCGCCCAACCUUCAGGCCUGGCUCUGGCCCCAGAGGAGCCCUGGAACUGCCUGUAUGUGGCCGACAGUGAAAGCAGCACCAUCCGCUCUCUGGCGCUGAAGGAUGGAGCCGUCAAGCUGCUGGUCGGGGGGGAGAGAGACCCACUGAACCUCUUUGCUUUUGGGGAUGUGGACGGGAAAGCGGUGGACGCCAAGCUGCAGCAUCCUCUCGGCGUUGCCUGGGCUCCUGAACAAAGCCUGCUCUAUGUGGCUGACUCCUAUAACCAUAAGAUCAAGGUGGUGAAUCCUAAGACAAAGCAGUGCAGCACAUUAGCGGGGACAGGAGCGGCAGGAAACACUCUGGGCCCAGACUUUAACACAUCCUGCUUUAAUGAACCUGGGGGAGUCUGUGUCGGCGGCGGUGGGAAGCUCCUUUACGUGGCUGAUACCAACAAUCACCAGGUCAAAGUGCUGGACUUGGCCUCUGAGACUGUCUCACCGUUCCCCAUUUUCAUGUACUGCACAGACUCAGGCCCUGAAAAGGUUUCAGUUCCCGACAAAGUCCCUACUUUGCCCAAAUCGGCGGCCAGGAAAGAAAUGCCACCGGUGGCAGUGUCUGCAGGCCAGACCCUCAUCUUGUCGCUCACCCUGUUGCUUCCAGAAGGAGCCAAGCUCACUGAAGAGGCCCCCAGCUCCUGGGCUCUUAGGGCUGAGGGUAACGAGUGGCUACUCGGCAGUGGGGUAAUUACGGGUGACAUUUUGGAUCUGUCGAAGCCCCUCUCCAUCUCCACCAAGCUUCCCGCUGUUCUGAAGGACUUGAACAACAAUCCCAGCCUCAGUCUGGCUGUGUGGGUGUACUACUGUAUGGAAUCAGGUAACGCCUGUACGAUGAAAGCCGCAUCCUUUACUCAGCCUCUCCAAAUAAGUGCCGCUCCUGGUGAGAAAGAGAUCACCGUGCCGUUGACUCACAACUUCUAAAGCCGCUCACGCGUCACAUGUCGCCGAGACAUCAGUGGAACCUCCAAUCUCAUCUGACUCCAUCUCCAGUUCCGCUCGUCAUUCCGGAGGAAGGAUCUGUAGAUUGUUCCUGACAGAGCUGUCACCUUUUGACAAAAAUGCAUUUAAUUCAAAGCUGUUUUUCAGGGGAAUUUCCUUUCAGACUACUCCGAAGCCCUCUCUGUAAACAUAAUGCAUGUGGAGUUCUAGACGGUAUUUGACGGCUGAGAGGGAUCCAAAAAAAUACAACAUCUAAUAGAUGAACAGCAAAUGCAAAUACAGCCUAAAUCUGUAAAGUAGCACAUUUAUGUGGAUGCUAAUUAUUUUCUAGAUGAUGUUUAGCUUUUUAAUUAUCAGGAAAAACAAGGCAGAACUAAAUGCAUUGAAAAUUACUGUGUGCGAGACAAAUCUGGUAAUUUAAUUGGCAGGUGGUGAUGAUGAUGAAGUCAGGAAAGGUCUGACUUCCUGUCACUUAAUAUUGAUGGGGACAAUUUUAAAUACUUUUAAACCUAAAAAAAUGGUCUGCGAGUUGUUUCAUCAUCUAACAAACCAGAUAGACGUGAAUUCCACAGAUGCAAUUAUUGAAAAAAGUUUCUGCUUUUGAAAAUUUUGUGGAAGCCGCGUGUUUGCGUUCGAAUCAAUUUCUCUUUAAAAUUAAUGGAACAUUUUUCUUUUGUUCCCAUGAGUAAUUACAUCGCAGCAAAAAAAACAAAACAAUGUUGACUGGAGCUGAUUUGUGAUUCAGUCGGAGAAAAAAGUUCUGUUCUGCUGUUGCGGGCACAAGUAUUGGUUUUGAAUGCUAAUAUCAGAGUUACAGACGGUUUUUAAAAGAAUAUAUUAAGAAAUCCUCAGAGGACUUCUUUGGGAUUGUAGGGAGAGACAACUUUAAUAUCACAAGAAAGGAACUAAAACUUUAUCAGCAGGUUUCUAUGCAAGAAAGUAUUAUUAAUGCAUUGAGAUUCAUUCAAGCACAUGUACAUGUGGUCAGCAAGUCUGCUUUAGUCCUGCAUUACAUCCAGAGUUCACAGGUUGAUAUUUUUUACCCUGAAGCUUCGCUGUGUGUGUCUGCUCUCCCUACGACUGAUUACACGUUUGAUUAUAACACAUUUAUAUAAUGAAGUGCCUGUGUUGAAAGGGAGAAUUAAUGCCACCGCGUCACUGCUGCUUUCUCCGCUCGCUGUAUCAAUGCAAGGUCUUAAUUAAAAGGGCUCUAUCACACUGUUAC